AUGUCUAGGACCUUCGCUCCUCGAUGGGCCGUUCUGCUGCUGUCUGCAGCUUCACUCUGCCUAGCUGAUCCCAAUGCAGAUACAACGGCUGCUUGCAGGGCUCUGACCCUCACCGACUACUGGUCAUUGGCGAACGCGGACAACAAGCCAGCAUGCAUGUUCUUCCCGAAGACUGCAGAAGAAAUACAGUUCGCUGUCGUGACGCUCAACAAGUACCCCACGGCACCAUGGGGCAUCAAGGGCGGUGGCCACAACCCCAAUGUUGGGUAUAGUAGCUCCCGAGAUGGCGUUCUCAUUGCCACUCAUCCGUACAUGGCCACCACGACUCUCGAUGAGAACAACUAUGCUCGUGUGGGGCCUGGAUGCAAGUGGAUCGACGUUGCUGAAGCCUUGGACCCCCACAACCGAGCAGUGGUCUCUGGUCGCCUGGGAGUCGUCGGUGCUGCAGGAUUGACACUCGGUGGUGGACUCAGCUUUCUCAGCACCGAAUAUGGCAUGACAGCGGACAACGUGGUCGAAUAUCAAGUCGUCACCGCUACAGGAGAGCUGACACGUGCCAACCGAGACCAAAACAGCGACCUCUUCUACGCACUCAAAGGAGGCGGCAACCAAUUCGCCAUUGUGACCGAAUUCGUCAUGAACACUUACCCCAUCGGAGACGUCUGGGGCGGCGUCAAAAUCUACACCAUGGACCAAAAGGAAGCCCUCCUCCAAGCCACCCACAACCUCGUAUCCGACUACUACGACCCCAAAGCCGCCGUCAUCGUCACCUACACCUCCACCGUCGAGAGCCUCAUCGAAGUAUUUGUCGUCUUCUACUUCUACAACUCCCCUUCAGGCCCGGGAAAAAUCCUCGAAGAAUUCAAUUCCAUCCCCGCUCUCAUCUCCCGCACCAAAACCCGCAGCUACCUCGACCUCCUCGACUCCAACAGCAUCUUCUCCAUCCCGGGAAUGCGCUACCUCAUCCGCACAGGAACUCUCCCCAACCUCCCCGGCCCUCGCGGUCUCGAUCUCUACACGUACACUUUCGACAGCUACUUCAACGGCUCCCGCAGCGCGCAAUUCUCCGAACUCGACAAUUACGCCUUCUCCCUCUCUUUCCAACCCAUCCCCACCACCCUCGCCAACGCCUCCCUCAACAACCCUCACGGCGUAAACCUCCUCGGCCUCGACCCCGCACACGGCGAUAAAGUGUUUAUGGAAUACAACGUCUCCUGGCUCCUCUCUUCCACCGACGAAGACGCCGCCGCUGUCUUGACAAAUCUCACCGAGCCCGCGCAAGUGUAUGCGAGGGGAAUGUAUCCGAAUGUUGCUCCGACGCAUUAUGUGGAAGGGGAUUUGGAAACGGUGGGCUAUCGUCCGUUGUUUAUGAAUGAUGCUAUGUUUAAUCAGAAUCCGUUGAGGAGUUAUGGGGAAGAGACGUUUGCGCGAUUAAAGGAGAUUCAGAAAUUGAGGGAUCCUGAGGGGUUUUUGGCGAGGAGGCAAGGGGGGUUUAAGUUGGAGUAG